AUGUUCCUUUUUAUCUUAUUCUUGUUUCAAUUUGCUAUUUCGGAUGAGUGUUACAUAUAUUUUAAUUCAGAUAAGAAUGUUUUAAAUUAUGGCAAGUAUCCUUUUAGUCAAUGUGUUUCUUCAGGAAAAGGGUGGGAAUAUGACAGGAAUUCAAAUCCUAAAAAGUUUAGAUUUAAAUCAGAUUGUUGUGAAAAUGGGUUAUCUUAUUUGAGUAUUCUGAUCAAUGAAGCUGGCUCAACUGAAUUUACUUUUGAUUCAGACGCUUCCAUUAAACAAUUAUUUGUAAGACCUCCUAAAUUUGCAGCUGCUACAACUUUUAAACUUCAAAAUUACAAGUCAUUACUCUAUAUUAUUGUUGAAAGGGAAUACUGUUUUAGUGAUACAGCAAAUCAAGAAAACCUUUACAUUUAUGAUAGACCUGCAGUGUUUCAUACAACACUAUGUUCUAAGACUUUUCUAAUUUGGGUAACUAAAGACCGUCCAUACUUGUAUUUGUACCAAGAAAAGAAUGAUACAGCGAAAAAAGAAAUAUGGAUAAAUGACAACAACAAUGACAACACCAAAGAAGGAUGUUGGUAUGCAUUUAAUACUAAUGGAGAACAAAAACUUCCAGAUAUUAAAUGGGGAGUUAUUAAAGAGGUAUCAAAUAUUAAUGGGUUUAGAAGAUAUGUCAUUUGUCAAGGACAAAAGUCCCAGUCUGAAGAACCACAACCUGACUCAUCAUGUAAAAUUACAACCGGGUCAACAGAUGCACAUAUUUCAUGGUUAACAAUUAAUUAUCCGGAUUGUUUGUAUAAUGGGUCGUUAUACACAUUGACAGUGUCUAAUAAUUAUACUACCAUUCGUUUCUUAAAUGAUUAUGGAUUGGAAUGGAAUGACAUAUAUUUUGAGACAAGAACAAGUCCACUUGAUAUUAUCAUUUCAGAAACAAAUAUUCUUAAUCUUAUUCUUCAAUCAGACACCACUAUUGCAAUUGUGUCUUCAGGAGAAUUAAAUAUAAUAACACUGGAAACAAAUACAAACAAAAUUAGUAUCACAGCACCAAAUGAAAAUAGUCUUACCAUUAGUUCAAUCAUAACAUCAUCAGAAGUCAAUAUCAUAGGUGUUUUAAGUGAAUUAAAUAAAUUAAUAAUCAGUCAAAAUGCAAAAAUUAUACUUUCAUCUGUUAUUACAAUUGAUAGUGUUUCUGUAGAUCCAUCAACACAAACAAACACAGAUUAUACAAUUAUUAACCAAUACAAAACAACUAUUAAUGAAUUUACUUCAACAACAAAGCUUAGUCUCAAGGUUUCUAAUCUUAUAUUUGGACCAAAUGUAAAUUCAAUUUACAUUAAUAAAUUAACAACUGAUAGUCAAUUGACUUUGAGUGACUCAGUAACAACAUUAGUCAUUGAUUCGAUUGAAAUUCAAUUCGCACUACCAAGCUUCUUUAUUAUCACAGGAAAAAGUAAAAAUGAACUAAAAGUAACAAUUAACUCGGCAUCUGGUCAAGAAGAUCCUUUUUAUUUAAUGUCAUUGAAAGAAAGAAAAGUUACAUUUACUAAUUCGAUGAAAACAAUGUGUGAUGGACAAAUAGCAAUAUUUGGAACUCCUGGUGAUGAGUCAUGUGACAGAAAGGGAUAUGGAACAAAAACAUGUUAUAAGCGAGACGAAAGUCAGUAUUACUAUGAGAGUGAGUCAUCUUCAUUUUUUGAUUAUUCAUGUCCAGGACAUAUAUCUCAAUAUGUCACAUCAACGUUAUAUAUAUCAGCAUCAACAAUUACCAUUGAUAAUGAUGAAUAUUAUUCUAAUAUAUUUGUUGUUUCACCAACAACAAUAACUGUUUCAAAUUAUGAGUUACCAUUAACUCUUCAAGCAAAUGUUGUGAUUGAUGGCAAUGGGAAUUCAGUGUUGGCAAAAACAAAUGGUAAAUAUUCAAUUAUUACUAAAGGAGAAAAUAAUCAGAACUUAAUUAUUGCUGAUACAUCUUCUUGCGGAAUUACUAUUUCAUCAAAUCUAAUAGAAGUCGAUGGAAUUUGCUCUAUUGGUUAUUCAACAUCAAGUGGAACGACUUGUAAGAAGUGUAGAUAUGGAUUUAAUUCUGAUGGAAGUUGUAUUGUUGCAUCAUCAACAGAUGUUAAUAAUUGUGCUCUUAUUUCUCCCAAGAGUAAAUAUUGCCUAAGAUGUAACACUGGGUAUUAUAUGGAUAAAGGGGAGUGCUAUCCAUGUCAACCAAAUUGUCUAACUUGUGAUUCAAAACAAUGUUUUAUUUGUGAAGAUGAAUACAUAAAUGAUAAAUCAGAUAUUAAUAAAUGUAUUCAAGAUAUCAAAGUAUGUUCUUUUUCAAAGAAUGGUAUUUGUUUGAAAUGUCCUCAGGGAAUGAUGAUAGAUAAUGACCACACACGUUGUUCUACAUCAUGUGGGAAUAAUUGUUAUUCAUGUCUUGAUGGGUCAUCCUGUGAUAUUUGUGAUAUAACUGUUAAUGCAAUUAAAAGUUCAACAACAUGUGAUGUUCCUUCUAAUUCAAUUAGUGUAAGUAAUUCAGGAAUUAUUCAAUGUUCUCCAGGAUAUUAUUUAUCAGAAAGUUCUACAUGUGUUUCAUGUAGUUCUGGUGGAUUACAUUGUAUGACUUGUUAUUCAGUUUCUAAUAAUGUUUUUUGUAGUAGUUGUGUUGAUGGUUAUAUCAUGACAACUAGUGGGGUAUGUGUUUCUAAAGAAUCAGUUUCAUGUAGUGUAGUGUCAAAGUCCACUUGUUUGAGUUGUGAUGAUUCAUCUAAAUAUUUUAAUGGAAAGGGGUGUGUUAGUGGAACAGAGCAUUGUUUAAAAACUAACAAUGAUGGAACAUGUGUUGAGUGUUUGUUCUCAGAAACAGAAGAAAAAUAUUACUUAUCAACAGACUCUGAUGGGAACACAAUAUGUUCAGAACAAAAUGACAAUUUUUGUUCCUUAUAUACAAAAAGUGUAUGUCGAAGUUGUGUUGAUGGAUAUUACAAUAAUCAAAACAAGUGUUUACCAUGUAAUGCUACUUGUUCUAAAUGUGUUAAUUCAAAAGACUCAUGUUAUGAAUGUCAAUCUGGAUAUAUUCUUCAAGGAGAGUCAUGUAUUGUCUCCGAAACUACAAAUUGUAAGAUGAUGUUAGUAAGUGAAAGUUCUCAACAAUGUGCUAUUUGUAAUGAUGGAUAUUAUAGAGAUGGAAAAGUAUGUUCAAAAUGUAUUGAAAAUUGUGUUUCAUGUGCAAAUGCAAAUGGUUGUUUAAUGUGCAUAAACAAUUAUUAUUUUGAUAUAAAAACACAAAAAUGUCUUUCCACAAGUUUACUUUCUAAUUGUGAGACUACAAAUAGAUUUGGAUGUGAAGUAUGUGAAGAUGGAUAUUUCUUAAAUGGUUACACAUGUUUAUCUUGUGAUAAAAGAACUGAUGAAUGUAUUAGUUGUAAUAAACAAAAUGGAAGAUGUAAUUUAUGUAAUAAUGAUUAUAUUUUAGAUGUUGACUACAAAUGUAGUCAUUAUUCACAAUUUUCUCAUUGCGUUAGUGCUCGUAAUAAUAUAUGUAGUAAAUGUGAUUUCUGGUACUCAGUUGAUGUUGAUGGAAAAGAGUGUAAGAGUUCACCAGUUUGGUGGGUUAUUGUAUUGGCUAUUAUUGGAGGGAUAAUGUUCUUUAUUCUAUUCAUUGUGUUUGUUAUAUUUAUUGUUAGAAAAACAAUCAAAAGACUUCAUAUAAAACAAGUUAUUGAAGAACAAAAAAAUCAAGUGUCACAUUUCCGAAUGAACACAUCAAAUAUAAAGUGGAUUCCAUUAAGUGGUAGAAGUCAAAUUCUUGUGAAUAAAAGAUUAGCAAAUUUUGGAUGUGGUGAAUAUGAAAAAGAUGGAAAUGAACUCCCAGUCAAUGAGGAGUCUCGAGAUAUUAUUUGUAUUGGAAAUGGGUACAACAAAACAAUUCAACUUACCUUUAUGACUGUAGAUGAAAUUGAUAGUAAAUAUACAUUACGAUGUAAUCCUGAACAAAUAACUUUAAAAAAAGGGGAGGCUUUUGAGGCUGAAAUUUAUAUUACACCAUUAUGUACUUGUACUAUCAAAGAACGACUUCAAAUAACAUUGUUUGAUAUAAAAAAUAAUAAAAAAACAAAUGAGAGUAUUCAAAUAUAUGCAGCCACUGUUGUGUCUACUAGACUUGAUUAUGAUGAGAUUCAAGAAGAGAAACAAAUUGGAGAAGGAUCAUUUGGAGUUGUUUUCAAAGGAACAUUUCAAGGAAAUAAAGUUGCUAUUAAGAAAAUGAAAAUGGGAGAUGAUGAAGAAGCAAUGGAAGAAUUUAAUAAAGAAGUUGCAAUGUUAGAUAAAUUUAGGUGUGAGUAUAUUGUUCAUUUCUAUGGUGCAGUAUUCAUUCCAACAAAAAUUUGCCUCGUUACAGAAUAUGCAGACAUGGGCUCAUUACAAUCAUUAAUAAAUAACCACUCAAAACCAAAUGAACAUAUGAGAAUGAAACUAGUUAUUGAUGCAGCUAAAGGGAUUCAAUAUCUUCAUUUUAAUGGAAUUAUUCACCGUGAUAUCAAACCAGAUAAUGUUUUGAUUUUCUCAUUAGAUGAUGGAAUUGAAGUUAAUGCUAAAUUAACAGAUUUUGGUUCAUCAAGAAAUGUUAAUUCAAUGAAAACAAAUAUGACUUUUACUAAAGGAAUUGGUACACCUGUUUAUAUGGCACCUGAAAUAUUAAACCAAGAGAAAUACACCGAAUCAGCAGAUAUUUUCUCUUUCUCUAUAUUAAUGUAUGAAACAUUUAAAUGGGAUCGUCCAUAUCCAGAGAAUCUAUUUAAAUAUCCAUGGAAUAUCGCUGAAUAUGUUAUGCAAGGAAAUAGAUUAGAAAUUACUUCUGGAAUGCCUGAAUGGUAUUUUUUGAUUAUCCAAAAUUCUUGGAAACAAAAUCCUUCAGAAAGAUAUAACAUUGAACAAGUUAUUGAUUUAUUAAAUGUAGGAAUGAAUUAA